AUGCUACUGCAUCCUGUUCCUUCACCGGACGCCUUGGGGCUGGGCAAAGACCCGGUUCGGAGCUAUACGUCAGAAGUUGUCCCUGAGACCCUGCCCCCACACGAGGCCACCAGCCUGCUCGAGCUGCUGCAGCAAGCUGCAACCACUUCUGCGGGCAUCACCUUCUACAAGACUUCGAGUCCACAUUCAGAGGCUGCCGUGCGGGUCUCCUAUCGGCAGCUGCUUGACCAGGCUCACCACGAUGCGCAUUGGCUGCAAACCUCGGUGCCAGGCCUGCAGCGGGACACGGUGUUCCUGUUGCAUUUUGACACCCACGAGGAAAACAUCCGCUGGUUCUGGGCCUGCACCCUCGCGGGCUAUUUGUCAUGUAUUGUUCCCAAGCUUGCAGUUUCCACCGACCGUCGCAUGGCCCAGGCCAAACACAUUCUGCAGCUACUGGAUGACCCCGUAGUGCUCACCAACAGCCGCAUGGCAUGUGCCUUUCAGGGCGUCGACACCCCGCGUUUGAAUCGCGUGGAUCAGCAAUCCGCAUUGACCUCCUCAUCUGCCUCCACUCCGCUCCCGAUGGUGGAUCGCAACCAACGAGCCGAUGAUCUCGGAGCCCUAAUGCUCACCUCUGGCAGCACCGGCUUCUCCAAAGCCGUGUGUCUCCGCCAGCCACAGAUGCUAGCUGCUGCGGCCGGUAAAGCUGCGCACUGCAAGGCCACCUCUCAGGACGUUUACAUGAGCUGGGUCGCGUUCGACCAUGCCGUCAAUCUGGUCGAGAUGCACCUCCAGGCCAUGCUGCUUGGGGCUGAGCAGAUCCAGGUGGCUACUGACUGGAUGGUGGCCGAGCCCCGCCGCUUCCUCGACCUGGUUGAUCGGCAUCGCAUCUCCCUCACCUUUGCCCCCAACUUCUUCCUGGCCCUGCUGCGCGAUCUCGUCUGUCACCCCACGCCGGAGCAGAAGGCGCAGCCCACCCCGACCUGGGACCUCUCGUGCCUGCGCUGUGUCUUCUCCGGCGGCGAGGCCACCGUGCGGCAGAUGGCGGUGCAGCUUCUCCGUGCACUGGAGCCCUACGGCGCCCAGCCCUUUAUCCGCUCCGGCUACGGCUUGACCGAGUCGUGUGCUGGCAUGGCCUGGGACCUGGUCGACCACACCGUGGAUGACCUCCUCCACAACACGGCGGGCGAGUUCAUGUCCUGCGGUCGGCCCAUCCCCGGUGUGGAGAUGCGCGUGCUGCGGGAGACUGACCAGAGCGAGGCGGCCGCCGGCGAGGAGGGCAUGCUGCAGCUGCGCGGCGCCGUGAUCUUCAACCAAUACUACCGUGAUGCAGCGGCCACGCGUGCGGCCUUGACCUCCGACGGCUGGUUCAUCACGGGCGACAACGCCUACCUGGACGCGCACGGCCGGCUGUACAUCACCGGCCGCUCCAAAGACACGCUCCUCCUCAACGGAGUGACCAUCUUCGCCGUCGAGGUCGAGUACAGUCUCGAACAGACGCGUAUCCCCGGUCUGACUCCGAGCUUCACGCUGGUCUUCGCCCACCGAGCCCCCGACGCCCCGUCCGAGUCCUACUGUGUAGUAUACCUGCCCAGCUACCCUCCGGACGAUGCCGCAGCCCGCGUCGCCACCACCGAAGCCAUUGAACGCAUCGCCAGCCUCGUCGUCCACGUUUCGCCCACCGCUAUACUCCCCCUCCCACACAGCUACUUCGAAAGAACCUCCGUCGGCAAGCUCUCCCGAUCCCACUUCCGGCGCCUCUUCGAGUCCGGCGCCCUCGACUCCGAACGCAAAGCCCACGAGACCAGCAUCCAAGCGCACCGCCAAGCGCACCGUCAGGCCCCAUCUUCGCCCACUGAGGAAACCAUCCUCACCCUCAUCUGCGCGCGCCUCAACACGGACCCAGACUCCGUCAGCGUGACCACCAACCUCUUCAGCCUGGGUCUCUCCUCGCUUGAUUUCUACUCCGUCACUCAGGACUUGCAGCAGACGUUCGGGGUGGCCUUCACCGUCCCCGACCUCCUCAUGGACCCGACCAUCGCCGGCCUCACCCACCGCCUCGCCUCCAAGCAACCCACCGCCUCCUCUCCAAAGCCAGAAGACAACACCCGCAAUGAAUACGACCCCGUCGUCCCCCUGCAACUCUCCGGCCCCAAAACCCCCUUAUGGCUUGUCCACCCGGCCUCCGGUAACGUCCUCAUCUUCGCCAAUCUCGCCCGAGCCUUCCACGACCGCCCCAUCUACGCUUUCCGCUCUCGCGGCGUGCAGCCCGGCGAGCCGCUCUUCGCCACCAUCGCCGAAAUGGCCGAUACCUACGCCGCCGCCAUGAAGCGCACGCAACCCUCGGGCCCGUACGCUCUCGCCGGGUACUCCCUAGGCAGCAGCAUCGCCUUCGAGAUUGCCAAGCGACUCGAGUCGGCCGGCGAGGAGGUGGGGUUCCUGGGCGCGCUGGACGGGCCGCCCGAUAUCGCGGACUUGGUGGGUCGGUUGACCUGGAACGAGGGGCUGGUGAUGGUGGGGUAUUUCUAUGAACUGAUUGAUGAGCCGAGGUGCGUGGCGCUUAUGCCGGAGUUGAAGGAUGCGGAUGCGGAGCAUGCAUUGGAUGUGAUUCUGGGAGAGGCGAAUCCGGAGAGGUUGAAAGUGUUGCGGUUGGAUAGGGCGGGGCUGAGGCAUGUGACGGAUGUUAUCGAUGGAUUCUCGCGUGCGGCUAAGGGAUAUACCCCUGGUGGGAGGGUGGAGGCGAUGGUGGAUGUGUUUGCGGUCGACCCUUUAAUGACGGUUACGGAUGAUCGGGGGUGUUGGGUGGAGAGGUAUUUAAAUCAGUGGGAGAGGUUAUCCCGGAGGGGGAUGGUGGUGCAUCAGUGUGAGGGGAGGCAUGCGGAUAUGUUGGGAGCGAAGUAUGUGAAUGGGUUGCAGCUGGUGUUGAGACGGGUGAUGGAGGAGAGGGGGGUCUAG